AUGUCAUCAGCACAUCGCAAAUGCCCUCUAAGUGGUUUGUUUGGCACUCCACCAUCAAUCAAUUUCUUCUCGCCUUCUUCAGCUGAUACUAACAUAUUUCAUGUUGCAAGUAAUGCUGUUAUUGAUGAUGAUAAUGCCGCAGGUUGUGAUCAGUUCUCACGAGAGGUUUUUAGUUCACAGCAAUUAGAAUUAUCUCCUUCAAUUGUUCUUUCCAAAGCUUCAGCAAUGAAUGAUCACAUGGCACCAUUCAUGGCUAAUACUUUAAAAACAGUCGAUUCAGAUGUUCUUGAUUGCGGCCCGUUUCAAGUAGGAUUUAUAGAAGAUUCCAAUCAUCACACGGUUUCGCCUCCUUUUGAAAUCUCACAGUAUCCGAUUGAAGUGAAAGAAAGUAAAGAUGCAAUUCAUCGACAACUCACAAACAGGGCUCGAAUGGAAUCGGCGCAGUAUGAUGGUGAGCCUUCACUUCUACCGAUGAAUUCACUUAGUUUGCUGAGCGGGAUGGAUAAGGAUGUGGAAUUUCGUGCUCGAUCACCGCAACAUGUUGAGAUGUAUACAUUUCGAGAUGCUGUCGAUGUCAAUUAUCAACGAAUGGCAGUAACCGGAGAAGAGCUUUCUGGGGUACCAUUGGAAGAUUUGGAGGAGUCAGCUCGAGAAUUGACUGAAGCACUUAUGCUGCGCAAAGAAUACAUGGAAUCUAUUGGAAAUCAGUUUCCGUCAACAACCAAAAACUUUCUCUCCGGUCACUACCCAAAAAAUUUGCCAAAAUAUCGGCGCAAAAACAUCGAAAUAAAUGACGUCUCAAAGGGUGCAAUGUCAACGGCAUUGAAUAAGGAGACACAUCCGGAAGCUGCACAAACGUCAUAUAAUCCACCUCUGCCACCAGAAGACCAUUGGGGUUUGAAUACACCAUUGCCAAAAUAUGAGAAAAUCUAUACAUUGAAACGAAAUCGUGGCAUGGUGGAAAUUCUAGAUGAAGGUGGAAAAAUACCAGAUCAAUUUCGACACACCUACGUUUCAAAGGAGAAAUUUUUGCGAGAUUUGGAAAGACUUUCAGUAAUGAUUGCAAAUGGACCACUUAAAAGUUUCUGCUAUCGACGACUAUGCUUCUUACAAAACAAAUUCCAAUUGCACACAUUAAUGAAUGAGAUUCGGGAACAACACGAACAGAAGUCUGUGCCACAUCGCGAUUUUUAUAAUAUCAGGAAGGUUGAUACUCAUAUACAUGCUGCCAGUUCGAUGAACCAAAAACAUCUGCUGCGUUUUAUCAAAAAAAAGAUGAAAACAGAAAAGGACACUGUGGUUUUGGAAAAGAAUGGUAUGAAAAUCACAUUGGAGCAAGUUUUUGAAGGUCUUGGUAUCAGCACUUACGACCUAUCAGUUGAUAUGUUAGAUGUUCAUGCUGAUCGAAAUACUUUCCAUCGUUUUGAUAAAUUUAACACCAAAUAUAACCCUGUUGGUGAAAGCACAUUACGUGAAAUAUUCAUCAAAACUGAUAACUACGUUGGAGGAAAAUAUUUUGCUGAUGUUUUGAAAGAGGUUUUGUCUGAUUUGGAAGAUAGUAAAUACCAACAUGCCGAACCGCGUUUGUCGAUCUAUGGGCAUAGUAAAGAGGAGUGGGAUAAGUUGGCCAAAUGGGCUAUCGAAAAUGAUGUUUAUUCAGUAAAUGCACGAUGGUUGAUUCAGAUACCUCGUUUAUACGAUGUUUAUCGUUCGAAGAAAAUGGUGAAAAAUUUCGAUGAAAUGCUGGAUAAUAUUUUUACACCACUCUUUGAAGUGACAAAUGACCCGGAAUCUCAUCCAUAUCUUUUCCGAUUUCUGCAGCAAAUUUCUGGCAUCGAUUCCGUCGAUGAUGAAAGCAAACUUGAGCAUAUAAAAUUUGAUCGUUCAACGCCGGAACCGGAGGGUUACUGCGAUGGCGAAAAUCCAUCAUAUGAUUAUUAUUUAUUUUACAUGUUUGCCAAUUUGGUAGCACUCAAUGCGCUGAGACGAGAACGUGGCCUGAAUACCUUCUCGUUACGGCCACACUGUGGUGAAGCUGGAUAUGUGAGCCAUCUAGUCACGGGUUAUCUUACAUCCGAGAGCAUUGCACAUGGUUUAUUGCUUCGCAAAGUGCCCGUUUUACAGUACUUAUUUUACCUCUCUCAAAUUGGAAUUGCAAUGUCACCACUUAGUAACAAUUCGUUGUUCAUCAGUUAUCAUCGGAAUCCAUUACCGGAAUUUCAUAUGAAAGGGUUGAACGUAUCUUUGUCAACCGAUGAUCCCUUGCAGUUUCAUUUCACCAAGGAGGCACUGAUGGAAGAAUAUAGCAUUGCUGCACAAGUUUGGAAGCUCAGCAGCUGUGAUAUGUGUGAAUUAGCCCGAAAUAGUGUCCUGCAAAGCGGUUUUGAAGAUAAGGUAAAAGUACACUGGUUAGGACCAAACUAUAAAGAGGAAGGAGUACUGGGGAAUGACGUUUCACGUACCAACGUUCCUGACAUUCGUGUAUCAUUUCGUCAUGAAACAUUGGUAGAUGAAUUGUGCAAUUUGUUUCGAACACGUAAUAUUCACCGCAUAAAGCAUGAUGAUGGUGAUGAUGAUGAUGGCGGUCUGAAAAUUUAAUUUUUUAAAAAAAUUUUGCAUUUGCUUCCAAACAUCUUAGGCGGAUUGCUGGGUAAUAAAUGAGAUUUUAGUUAG